AUGCAUGCUGGAUAUUUUAAGGGUGCACGAAAGAAAAAGCUGCAUGAGCGGGAAGAGCGUUUGACGAAGGAGGAAGAAGAAAGAGUAGCCGUUGAUCUUGAGUGGGCUAAAGAGCAGGCAAAAGACCGCCUUAGAAGGCUCUGUAUUGCUCGUUCAACCCAGCUCUAUGAUACGUCGCGCCUGAAGAAAUUUCACGCAGCUUUAAGACUGGGCAAUGCUUUAAGGGAGAACGAUCUUCAGCUCAAAUUGAAGGAGCAGAAACGUAAGGCUGAGUCCAAAGAGCGAGAAAUUGAAUAUCAGGCUAUGCUUGAUAGGAUUAAAGAAGCUGAAGAGAAAGAGAAAAAAACGAUGGAAGAAAAUAGGGCUGCCGAGCGAUUGAUUCACGAGUUUCAACGUUCACAAAUUGAAGAACGUCGUCAACGUGAGGAAGGAGAGAAGUUGGUAUUGAAAGAGGAGGGCGAAAGGCUUCGAAGCCUAGCAAAGGAAGCAGAAAGGAUGAAAUUGCAGAUGCAAGAGGAACGGCUCAAGCAGCAGAAACUGACCACUAGAGACUUGCUUGAGGAAAUAGAAGACCGAAAAAAGUUAAGGCUGGUGGAACGUAUCAGAGAUGAGGAAGAAGACGAAAAAAACCUCAUCUACGCAGUUGCCAAACGCCAAAUGUGUCUUACCCAAAUGAAUAGGGAAGGAGUCGCAGCGGCGGAAAAAGCUUCGCGCCAAAAGGAAUUGGCGCAGAACCUUUCCACCUUAAUUAGUCAACGUCAGGUUGCUCGCGACGUACCUAUGGAAAUAUCCGCGAAGCAGGAGGAAGAGAGGUGGCAUCAGCGCAUUGAGGCCGAGGCGAGAAAGCGGGAGGAGGCCAAAGAGUGCAUGAGGAAACAAAGAGAGGAUGCUUUGAAGGCGAGAGAGGAACGAAUGGCCCAUCAGAUGGAGGAAGGAAGAGCGGAGUUACAGCACAACAUCAGUCUUGAUGAAGCGGCGCAGCGAGAGGAUGAGGAACGUCGUGCAAAACGUCUCCAGGAGGGCAAAGCACUUGCACACCUCUAUCUUGAAGAAAUGCAAAGGCACGAGGAGGCACGCAGAAAAGAACGUGAGGCGGACAACUGGUUGGAGAAAUUCAAUGCACAGAGCAACAUGAAAGAGGACCUUUUCCAGAAUUACGCGAACCGGGUCAUCAAAACGUGUGAGGAAACCGGAAUACCCACGUUUGCGCUGAAAAAGGCCGCACAUCCAAGCACAGCGACGGAUGAAUUAGCACUGACAGUGGCUAACGACUUUGGCGUAGACGGAGAUGAGACGAACGAAAAGUGCGCUCUGCUUCCAGACCUACCACCACAUCAGGAAAAUCUACAUCUAUAA